AUGUUACGUAAAAGAUUGCGACAAAAGAUAUCGAUGUCUUCAUCUUCACAAAUAAUUUUUCUACCCAUUUCGUCGAAAAAAGAGCCAACACCCGCUCAUUUGACUCACCUAAAGGAACCAAUUGACACCGUUUCCUCUGUUCUCCCGGAUGGUCGAAUCAACCCUGAAUGUCCAUGUCUCGAAUCAGCUUUGGCUCACAGAUGCGGUUUUUUGAUCCGAGAUGCGAUCACUUGUUUCAACAAUUCGAAGAGUGAGCCAAGAGGCGCCGAGUGUGAAGAGGAGUUCACAAGGCAUGCGAUGUGUCUCAUCAAGAAA